AUGCUUGAUCCCUACUUCAUGCAUCCGAGUGACAACCCUGGGCUUGCUCUAGUUUCUCCGCCUCUCAACAACACCAAUUUCCAUACAUGGUCUCGUGCAAUGCUCGUCGCCCUCCACUCCAAGAACAAAUCGGAGUUCGUUCUUGGAACCCUAAAUCGUCCUCCUGAUUCAGAUCGGCUUUCAAUUGCUUGGGAUAGAUGUAAUACCAUGGUAAUGUCUUGGAUAACCAAUUCUCUUGAUUCACGCAUUGCCCAGAGCAUAAUGUGGAUGGAAUCCGCAACUGACAUAUGGAAGGAAUUCAAAUAUAGAUAUCAUCAAGGCGACGUCUUCUGUAUCUCUAAUUUGCUAGAAGAAAUAUAUGUCCCCCAUCAAGGUGACUCCACUAUUACUAACUACUUCACAACUUUAAAGAAGUUUUGGAAAGAACUUGACAAUUUUUGUCCUCUCCCUACCUGUUCAUGUAACCCUAAAUGUUCUUGCAACUUACUACCCAAAAUUCGUGCUUAUAGAGACAAUGAUUAUGUCAUUAGAUUUCUUAAAGAUCUAAAUGAGCAAUAUUCACUGGUUCAGUCCCAAAUAAUGUUGAUGGAUCCCCUUCCUAACAUUAUCAAAGUUUUCUUUAUGCUCAUCCAACAAGAAAGACAGUUUUUUAGUCCUAGUGAAGAAAUAAAAUAUGUUGCUGCCAUUUAUAAUUAUGGGUGUGGUUUUGGUUGUGGCUCUACUCCCAAUGGUGGACAUAAUUUUGGUGGUUGUGGACGUGGCUACAAGGUGUGUAUUCAUUGCAAUAAAACUUGCCACACCAUCGAUGUAUGUUUUAAAAAACACGGUUAUCCACCUAAUUAUCCUAGAUCAUAUUAUGCCACUUCCAACAAUUGUUCAUCUGCUAAUCAACAUCCUAAUAUUGAUGACCAUGUUGAUGAAGAUGAUAAUUCCAUUGUUGACGAUGGUUCAUAA